UGAGUCUCCAGGGCUACAGUGCGGGACUCGGCAGGUAGGAGGACGCUUUAUUACCCCACAGGUAGGAGGGCACUUUAUUACCCCACAGGUAGGAGGACGCUUUAUUACCCCACAGGUAGGACGGCGCUUUAUUACCCCACAGGUAGGACGACACUGCGCUGAGGAGCAGUGACACGGUGUCAUGGCGGACUCGCAGCUCAUCUGCAUGGAUGAAGAACACGUUAACGUGAAAGUUCCCGAGUCCAAGCCGGAGUUUUAUUACAGUGAGGAGCAGCGCGCGGCGCUCGAACAUCUCCUGCGGAACGGAGACGGUGCGUUCAAGCUGCGGCUCCGCGAGGACAACAUCAAAGACUUUCUGUCUGCGCGCGAAGUCAAAUGGAUCCGGGACACGUUCCAGUCUUACGACGAUCCCGAUCCGGACAACGAGCUCCGCUCCGAGACACGAGCACCGCGUUCACCCCUGAGCUCGGACUCGGGAGUUCACUCCACCUACUGGCCCACAGUGUCGGACACCGAGGUACCGGCGCUCGAGCUGGGAUGGACCUCCGUCGGCUUUUACCGGGGAGUCACGCGCGUGUCGGUUUACACACAUCCACCCAAAGAGAGCAGCCCUCACAUCAAAGAGGUGGUGAGGAGGAUGAUCCAGGAGGCACACAAGGUCAUAGCUGUGGUCAUGGACCUCCUUACAGACCUGCUCAUCCUGCAGGAUCUUCUGGAUGCAGCAAGUAAACGUGGUGUUGCUGUGUACCUGCUGCUGGAUGAGAAAGGUCUUCCUCACUUCCUGGACAUGUGCAACAGGCUGCAGAUCUCAGCUCAACACCUCAGAAACAUGUGUGUGAGGAUGGUAAGAGGAUGCGGUCUUGCUCUGUCCUUCGGAAAACUGCCGGGGUCCCUGAGCUCCAAGUACAUGCUGGUGGACGGAGAGAAAGUGAUGUUCGGCUCCUACAGUUUCACAUGGACCUCGUCUCGGAUGAACCGGAACACCAUCACCGUCAUGUCCGGUCAUGUGGUCGACUUCUUCGAUAGCGAUUUCCGUGAGCUUUAUGCUGUGUCUGAGAAAGUGGACCUGUACCAAGAGUUCCACAUUCCCAAACCCCCCAGACACACCAUGCCCACCCCCCUCCUGAAAGCUCCGCCCACCACAACCCAGCCCGCUCCACCUGCAUCCACCUCUCGCUUUCAGGUGUCUCUCGGAGAAUCCAAGCAGGUCAAUCUGAAAGUUCCUGCUCACAAAUACCACAAUCCCAAAUACGCCCUGGUGGUGGGAAACAGUUUAGGCCUCACUGGCUCACUGCAGGAUCUGAGCAGGCUCAGGGAACACACCAGGAACAGCUCAGAAAGCAACAUGGAGAAGUUACUCCACACCAGUGGGGGCGCUAACAAGCAGUCAGACGGAGCGCCUCAGGAGGAGACGAGUGAAAGUAAAGGAGAUGUAAAUAAAUCACCUUUGUUCGGUUCAAAGAAGCAGCGCAGCUCCUUCAGGUUGUUCCUCAAAGGCAGAUCGCCCAAUCAGAGUCCAGAUCUACAGACAGCCAAUAAUCACAACACAGCAGACGUGAAAACAGCCAAUCACGGCCAAGCAAAGCCUACCACUCAGAUCAAAGACUCCCCAAAACUGACCACUCAGAUCAAAGACUCCCCAAAACUGACCACUCAGAUCAAAGACUCCCCAAAACUGACCACUCAGAUCAAAGACUCCCCAAAACUGACCACUCAGAUCAAAGACUCCCCAAAACUGACCAAUCACACGAAGGAGUCGCCGAAGACGGCUAAUCAUGUGAAGGAGGUGCAGCCUGAGACCGUGCAGAUACCCAACGGCAAACACACACCACCUUCUUCAUCACAGGAUAAAGACGCGAGUGCGGUCAUAGACGAACUGGACGAUUCGUUUGUCGUCAUAGAAAAACCAAACCUGCUAAAAUUUAAAAGCAAAAAAUCCUCCAAAUUGCCUCAGAGAAGCGUUUCCAUGCAGGUGAUCAGCACAGGAGCAGAGGAAGGCUCCAAAGGACAAAAACGCAACCAGAAGAAGUCGUGUAUUCAGUCGUGAGAUCAGCGGACACUUAACGCUCGUACUCGUAGUGUACAGAGUGGAGCUGUGAGAUACGGAUCAGGGAGAAUGUUCUGUUUCUGUGUAAGAGACGACGAGGAAGCUUCACAUGGCGUGUGUUUUAUGAUGAGCUGUGAAGCUCUGAGACGUGACGUGACGUGUGUGUAGAUGCACUGGACCGACUGCAGGAACGUACAUGUUGUGAGAGCUUUUUAGUGACUGCCAUACAAACAGCCUUAAGAGCUUCAAUAAAACUCAUGCACUUGUGUAAAUGUGUUCAUUACCACGUGUCAUUAACACCAAAUAUUUAAAGUGAUAAAGAUCCAAAGCUGAGAAGAAGUUCACAUUUUCACUGCUGUUGUGUUUACAGGUUUGUAGAUAUGAUCUGUCCUGACCUCACUAUACGUCCUGUAGGUGCGGCUCUGUAUCAAUCUCCACCUUUGUUUGACUACUGAAUUACCACUGAGUCUGUGGCCGAUUCUCUCUCACACACACACACACACACACACACACACUCAAUUUGACCUACUUACACUAAACUGUACAAUAAUGUCUACGUGAACGGUCAGAAUCGAACGAUCUUCUCUGUGCAGCUUGAAUGUUUUGAUGUGUUUCCUCCUACACAGGUAUUAGAGAUGACAUGAUGUGUGUCUCUCUUUAACGUUGCAAAGAAUCAGAAGAAAGACGAGAAGCAGAUGGAGGUGACGUGAGAGAGGAAGUGAAGGAAACUGAAGCUUCAGACCACAGUUUCAGUUUUACGAAGCAGAUUCACAGAAAUGGUAUAAAAAAAAAAAAAAAAAAAGGUUGGACUCAGCAGCAGUGACGAGUGUGAUGAUAAAAACCUUCAUGUAACUUCGGAGGAAACGUCUCAGCAGAAAUAAAGUGGCUUCAACAUCA